AUGGCGGCGACGGCGGUGCUGGCGGCGCUGCGGGGCUUCUUCGGGCGCUUCCGGUGGCGGCCGCAGGCCCCGGCCUUGGCGGGCGGGGUGCGGGGCGCGGCGCGGAGCGCGGCAGCAGGACGACCGGACUACGACCUCCUGGUGAUUGGUGGGGGAUCCGGCGGGCUGGCCUGUGCCAAGGAAGCCGCUCAGCUGGGAAAGAAGGUGGCCGUGGUAGACUAUGUGGAACCGUCCCCGCGAGGCACCCGGUGGGGCGUCGGCGGCACCUGUGUGAACGUCGGCUGCAUCCCCAAGAAGCUGAUGCACCACGCCGCGCUGCUGGGGGGCAUGAUCCGCGACGCCCCCCUCUACGGCUGGGGGGUGCCCCAGCAGGUCCCGCACGACUGGAGUAAAAUGGCGGAAGCCGUUCAAAACUACGUGAAGUCGCUGAACUGGGGGCACCGGGUCCAGCUGCAGGAGAGGAAAGUCAGUUACUUUAACAUGAAGGCCAGCUUUGUGGAUGAGCACGUGGUCCGCGGUGUCACAAAAGGUGGGAAAGAGACUCUGCUUUCGGCUAAGCACAUUGUCAUCGCUACCGGAGGGAGACCGAGGUACCCCACGGAGAUUGAAGGUGCCCUGGAACAUGGGAUUACAAGCGAUGACAUCUUCUGGCUGAAGGAAUCCCCUGGAAAAACGCUGGUGGUCGGAGGCAGCUACGUGGCCCUGGAGUGCGCCGGCUUCCUCACCGGCCUCGGACUGGACACCACCGUCAUGAUACGCAGCAUCCCGCUGCGGGGCUUCGACCAGCAAAUGUCAGCCCUGGUCACGGACUACAUGGCCUCUCACGGGACCCGGUUUCUGAGGGGCUGCACCGUCGUGAGCGUGAAGCGGCUCCUGGACAGCCAGCUCCAGGUCACCUGGAAGGACCUCGCCUCUGGCCAGGAGGGCAUGGACACCUUCAACACCGUCCUGUGGGCCGUAGGGCGAGUUGCAGAAACCAGAAACCUGGAUCUGGAGAAGGCUGGAGUGAACACCAACCCUAAGAGUAAGAAGAUCCUGGUGGAUGCCCGGGAAGCCACCUCCGUCCCCCACAUCUAUGCCAUUGGAGACACAGCGGAGGGGCGGCCUGAGCUGACACCCACAGCCAUCAUGGCAGGGAGGCUGCUGGCCCAGAGGCUCUGCGGCCAGUCCAAAGACCUGAUGGACUACGACAAUGUCCCCACGACGGUGUUCACCCCGCUGGAAUAUGGCUGCGUGGGGCUGUCCGAGGAGGCGGCGGUGGCACGCCACGGAGCAGAUCACGUGGAGGUGUAUCACGCCUACUAUAAGCCACUGGAGUUCACAGUGGCCGAACGGGACGCGUCCCAGUGCUACAUAAAGAUGGUGUGCCUGCGGAAGCCCCCGAAGCCGGUGCUGGGCCUGCACUUCCUGGGCCCCAACGCGGGCGAAGUUACCCAGGGAUUUGCGCUGGGGAUCAAGUGCGGGGCCUCCUACGCGCAGGUGAUGCGGACGGUGGGCAUCCACCCUACGUGUGCCGAGGAGGUGACCAAACUGCGCAUCACCAAGCGCUCCGGCAUGGACCCCACCGUGACGGGCUGCUGA